AUGGGCUUGCUCAACUUCAGCAAGAAGAAGUCCGAGGUCACUGAGGUUGCCGAGCAGCCUCAGCCUGCCUCUGCCGACAAAGAUGGCAACCAUGAGUCGAACGUAUCCGAAGAGAAGGGGCAUAAGGAUGAUGGCACCGUACCGGAGGCAGGAGGAAACUACCAGUCUGGUGUUCAGGCGAUGGAGGCCGUCACCACGGUGUGGACGAAGAAGCACAUCGCCAUCGCAUACGGCAUGAUCUGGCUCAUCUACUUCGUCAUUUCGAUCCAGGAGGUUGUCCUCCGAGCUCUCAACCCCUUCGUCGUCAGUGAUUUCUCGAGGCACUCUCUGACACCCGUUGUCACCAUCAUUUCCAGCAUUGUUGGUGGUCUUUCAAAGCUGCCUAUCGGCAAGAUUCUCGAUACCUGGGGCCGUCCCCAGGGUUUGGCACUGACCCUUCUCUUUUGGGUCAUGGGUAUCAUCAUGAUGGCUGCUUGCAGGAAUGUCGAGACCUAUGCCGCUGCUCAGGUUUUCUCUUCGGUUGGAGCCCAAGGUGUUAGCUACUGUUUGACCAUCUUCAUCGCAGAUACGUCGUCCCUGCUUAACCGUUCCUUGAUGCUUGCCUUUGCAUCCUCGCCUUAUAUUGUCACGCCCUGGAUUGGUGGACCGGUCUCAGACAGAAUCAUCGCUGGUAUCGGAUGGCGCUGGGGCUUCGGCAUCUGGACCAUCAUCACGCCUGUCAUCGUCAUUCCACUUCCCCUCCUGUUCUUCUACAUGAACAGACAGGCCCGCAAAGCCGGCGUCCUUCCAAAGGAGUCCAAGCCCCUGACCUUCCAAGCAGUCAAGGACUUCAUCAUCCAGUUCGACCUCCUUGGACUCCUUAUCCUUGCAACCGGCAUGUCCCUCUUACUCCUCUCCUUCUCCAUCUACUCCUAUCAGGCGGACCAGUGGCGCUCGGCCCUGAUCAUCUGCUUCCUCAUCUUCGGCGUCGUUCUCAUCGGCCUCUUUAUCGUCUACGAGAUAUACCUUGCCCCCGUCAAAUUCAUCCCGAUGAACCUGCUAGCCGACCGCACCGUCCUCUUCGGCGGCAUCAUGUUCACUUUCAUCUUCGCCAACUCCGCCAUCUGGGGCUCCUACUUCACCUCCAUGCUCAUGGUCGUCUGGAACACCGGCGUCGAGAAGGCCACCUACAUCUCCAACAUCUACCGAGUCGGCUCCUGCUUCUCCGGCCUCGUCCUCGGUUACGCCGUUAGGUACACCGGCCGCUUCAAGUGGGUCGCCUGCUACUUCGCCAUCCCCCUCAUGAUGCUCGGCGUCGGCCUUAUGAUCAAGUUCCGCCAGCCGGAGGAGAACCUCGGCUACAUCGUCAUGACGCAGAUCUUCGUCGCCUUCGCCGGUGGGCCUAUCGUGCUCGCAGGAGAGAUGGCCAUGAUGACGCCCCUCGAGCAUCAGCAUGUUGCGGCCAUCAUUGCCAUCCUCGACCUCUUCUCUAGUAUUGGUACCGCGGUUGGCUCCACUGUUGCCGCUGCUAUCUGGACCGGCACCUUUAAGGACGCUCUUAGGAGGCAUCUCCCUAGUGAGAAAUUGGUUGAUAGCAUCUACGGGAGUUUGUAUACCCAGCUGGCCUAUAAGCCUGGCACUGAGAUCCGCCAUGGCAUCUCUCUUGCCUAUGGAGAGUCUCAGCGAUACAUGCUCAUUACUAGCGUGUGCCUCCUCGCUGGUGGAUUGCUGAGCUCUUUCUUGUGGAGAGAUAUUUCCCUCAAGAACCUCAAGCAGGUUAGAGGAAACGUUGUCUAA